AUGCUAUUCAAACAGCAGGCGGUGCUGAGACAGAAGCUCUUUGUGCUGGGCAGUCUUGCUGUUGGAAGUCUCUUAUACAUAGUUGCCAGAGUUGGGAGCUUGGAUAGACUCCAGCCCGCAUGUCCCAUAGAAGGUCAAUUCGGGAACCACGACCAAGAUCAAAUCAUGCUUCGUGCUUUACAGUCCAAGCGAGGCUUGUCGCAUGAUUUACGAAGAGGUAAUGUAACAAAAGAACAAAUCAGACUACACAACAUGGUGCAGCAGCUUCCUCAGGCCAUUAUUAUAGGUGUGAGGAAAGGUGGUACGCGGGCCCUGCUGGAAAUGCUGAACUUACACCCAGCCGUAGUCAAAGCCUCCCAGGAAAUCCAUUUCUUUGAUAACGAUGAGAACUAUGCCAAGGGAAUGGAGUGGUACAGAAAAAAGAUGCCCUUCUCUUACCCGUACCAAAUCACCAUCGAGAAAAGCCCAGCAUAUUUCAUCACAGAGGAAGUCCCCGAAAGAAUUUACAAAAUGAACUCCUCCAUCAAACUGUUGAUCAUUGUGCGAGAGCCGACCACUCGAGCUAUUUCCGACUACACUCAGGUGUUGGAGGGGAAGGAAAGGAAGAAUAAAACAUACUACAAGUUUGAGAAGUUAGCAAUUGAUCCCACCACCUGUGAGGUAAACACUAAAUACAAGGCUGUGAGAACUAGUAUAUACACAAAGCACCUGGAGAGAUGGUUGAAGUUCUUUCCCAUCGAACAAUUUCACAUUGUAGAUGGUGAUCGUCUCAUAACAGAGCCUUUACCUGAACUUCAGUUGGUGGAGAAGUUCCUGAAUCUUCCUCCACGAAUAAGUCAGUAUAACUUGUACUUUAAUGCUACAAGGGGGUUCUACUGUCUGCGGUUUAACAUUGUGUUUAACAAGUGUCUGGCCGGCAGCAAGGGACGGAUACAUCCUGAAGUGGAUCCCUCCGUCAUCAACAAACUGCACAAGUUUUUUCAUCCUUUCAAUCAGAAGUUCUAUCAGAUCACUGGAAGGACAUUCAACUGGCCGUAG